AUGGGAGAAGUUCAAAUUGAAGAUAUAACCGUCCCUUGGGGUGCAGUACCAGAUCCGCUCGAUAUACAAAAUGGACAUUGGCGUAUGGCUGUCUAUCAGGAUUGCGAAGAAGGCUUUGGUGGUCAGAAGUUGUAUUUCCUUUAUGAUCCUGUCGCUGACGAAAAUUCUGGGACAACCGGCGGUCGUAAAGGUAAUUGCGGAUUGGUUGUGUUUGAUUGCAAUAAAAGAUUCUUUAUUGGACAUAUACCACUCUAUCUGGAAGGAAUUGUUAAGUUUUGUUUCACGUUGAAAGUGCCUUCUCCAGCUAAUGGAUCAUCUUUUAUUAUUGUCACUGAAAGCGAUAGAACUAAUGUUGGAGGUUCUGUCUGUUUGCUUUUAUGGCGAUUGUAUCUCGGAAGCACUGGUAUGGAAGUUUCCAGUCCACCAGUAGCAUUGUUAAAUAACCCAAUCUCUUUAUUCGGUGAUUAUAUCAUUGCAUUGCGUGAAGAUGUGCCAGAGUUAGUUUUAUUGACAUCGCCUGGAUUAUCAGUAUGGCGCAUUCCUUGUCUGAAUCCUUAUCCUUGUGAUCCCAUCGAAAAUUUCGAAACGAACGGCGAUCUUUCACAUUAUUAUGAUGCUAAUGUCAGCCAAGGAAAUAUUUACCUCCAUUCUUCUUCUCCGGAUGGACAUUACGACCCCACUCGGAUCCAUUUUCUACCGCUUACUGGAAUAGAAAGACGAAUAAGUACUCAGAUGUGUCAAGGCGAUUAUACUCAUGGCUUUCCAUGCGCCCGAAAAGAAGUUGGGUUGAACGCAAUGUCUGGAUACAUUUUGUUUACUGGCGGUGAAGUUGGGAAUGUUAAUGGCGUACAACGACUUGAUGACUGUUGGUUAUUAGAUCUUACAAAUUUCAUGUGGAAAAGAAUUUUCCCAAAUAUGCCUGUUCCCCUCAUCGAACCGCGCAUUUCUAUUGCUAUGUCAGGUACUACUUUUUCACCAUUUCAGUUAAUUAAGGGAAACGUGUAUGUUUGGGGAGAAAGUGAUCAACCAUUUCCUGGAGUACAGCAUGGUACACAUCUUCGAAUCUUGCGAGUUAAAGGAAUGGUUAAACCUAAACUACCUUCUUAUAAUGAAGCUGUGAACAAUUUAGAUAUUAGAUUUAAUCCACCAUACCCAAAUCCAUCCAUAUCUCAGACUAGCAUGGCCUCCAGCUAUGGUUAUAGUCCGGCGACUUAUGACUCAUCAUAUCCGUCAUCUCGUCCUGCAUACUCAGCGCCUCAAAAUAUCCCGCAACUUCAUUAUGGACAGACAAAUCCCGGCAUUGGAGGUAAUCAUCAACCGUUUUAUCCGCCUUCGAGCGAGCAACAUGCUUAUUAUCCUCCAGAAGAUAAAAAAAAUUGCUGCUUACAGUAA